ACAACAUUGAUGGUCUCAUGUUGUAGAGAUUUUUGGGCUACCUGAGUCGAGUCUUCCACUGCAUUUUGUAGAGAAUUUUCCGGUGGCAGGACUCUCCUUAUUUUCUGUCAAACGCGUUGCAUCCGUUGUACAUUGCCAUGUAGGAUCUUCGGCCAAUGAAUCCGAGCGCGAGAUGGCCCGCCCAUCAUAGCGCUGCCGGUGCUCGGUGGUUGCCGAGGUGGAGGUGGCAUUGCAGCUUUGUACCCGAGGAAGCCUUUCAUCGCUCCGGAAGGUCCGCCAGGACGGUAUUUUCCUUGGUCCUCCUUCGGUGCAGUGGGCGCGCCACUCGACGAAAGGGCCGUCAUGAGGCGCUUCACCCCUUGGAAGCGCUGGAACUUGCUUCCCUUCGGCCACGGCGCUGCAGCUGUGGCGCUCGCUUGCCGAGGAGGCCCAAGUUCCUCUCGCUGAUCGACGUCUAUCGGCCUUGGGGCAACGUUGCCAAACACGUCGAGGGCGGCCCGGCGGAGACAGGCAGCGGCUUGGUCUUGCGCUUUUUGCAGGCCAAGCCCCAGGUCUGGGCUGCACUUUUGAGGCCCGAGUAUCACACCUGGCACUCGCAUACGAAGAAAUUCCACAAGGAGCUCUCUGAGUCCUUGGCCACGCUCGCGGAGCCGACGGUGACCACUGCGGGCCAUGUGGUGGACCUUUGCUGUGGGAAGUCAUUAACCUCCGCUUUGCUGUCUUUGGACAGCGGCGCCUGCUCCGCCAUCACAGCGGUGGACUGGCGGGAGGAGUGUGAGCUCCCACAUCACGACCUCGCGUCGCAGAGAUCGGAGCGGAGACCGGAGGCAGCAUAUGCAGAUGUGCCUGUGAAGUACCUAAAGCAUGAUGUUCUUGCCGAUGACUUUCUUCAAGUGCUUGGCAAUCGCAUCAUGGAUGUGGGAAGGCCGACCUGCAUUCUGGGGAUGCAUCUCUGCGGGCGAUUGAGCCUGCAAGCCAUCGCGGCCUUUCAAGAGAUCCGCUUGGUAAGGUCUUUGGUCUUGACGCCCUGCUGCCUACCACACGUCACCCAGGCGCCUCAGGAGCUCCAAGGCAUCUAUGGCUGUGGUCUUUCUGAUCCAGAGCAAUUCGACCUUUGGGCUGAGUAUUUGGAGAAGUGCCUGAAGCAAACAGGUGCCGAGGUCACAAGGAGGGUGGAGCACGGCAUCCUGUCCAGCCGGCGGACCAUGUUCACCGCGGUGAAAAGAGAGAAGAAGCCCAUGCUCGCCAUUCUGCGCUGGCACUUGCUCACAGAGAGCGCUGUGUCUUGCAGCGCACGCAACCCCUUCGACCCGUCGAGCGAUCCCAAGGCGAGGUUGGACUUCAUGGCAAAGUCCAGCGACCAGGCGUUCGGUCACACAAUGGAACUCGAGCACGCUCGAGGGAUGGUCACCGCCUUGGUGGAGAGAUGGGACGAAGAAAAGAGGUGGGUGAUCAAGCAGCCGCAAGUGCAAACAGAACCCGAGCAGCCAAAAGAGCAGCGCCAGUGGCUGAGAACGGUGGACAUGGAAGAUCACGGAAGUCCAGAUUCCGAAGCCCAAGCCGGGGGGACCCAGAUCGGUGGACGGUGCGAAUCAAAUGUCUCGCUGGCGCUCGACAACGGUGGAGAACGGGUAGAGGCCAGGCCUUUGGAGGCAGCCAAGGCACCGCCGCAGCGGUCCAGCGUCCCAGGACCUCGGGCAUCUCUUUCGAUCUCUUCCAUUCGGGCAUCUUUUGGAAUCCAAGAGCAGCUUAUGAUGUGAAGCAUUCAGACAGCAUUCUCAGAUUGUCCAUCUUCAAACCAUUUGUGACAUGAGUAUAUCAUAAUAGGUGCCCAAGCUUGAAGUGUUUGGGAAACAUUGGGGACUGACCCCCUCCUCCAAUGGCUUUGCCACAGGUUGCUUCAACUGUUGGAUUGUGCAUGAGGUUCGACCUGGCCGUUUGCGAUACCGAUGAUGAAGAGGACUAUUUUCCUUCAAAGGC